UAUUGAUUUUUGCAGAGUUCCCAGGAAGAUUUCCAAGGCUUGGAAAUGCCAUCAAGUUGGAAAGAAAGUGAAGUGAAUGUGAUGGUGCCACAACAGGACUAAGGUCCACGGACACCCACCAACUAGCUCUUCUCUCACAGAAUUUCUAGAUUGCUGUGUAAUAUGCUGCCUUUGCAAGAGGACAAGAAACCAGUGCCCAAAAGACGUGUUCUUCAGCAUAUGGACUAGACUUGUCCUCAAGACAAUGGCUUCAAAGGUCUCCUGCCUUUAUGUUUUGACCGUUGUGUGCUGGGCCAGCGCUCUCUGGUACUUGAGCAUAACACGACCUACUUCUUCCUAUACUGGCUCAAAGCCAUUCAGUCACCUAACAGUUGCCAGGAAAAACUUCACCUUUGGCAACAUAAGAACUCGACCUAUAAACCCACAUUCUUUUGAAUUUCUCAUAAAUGAGCCCAACAAAUGUGAGAAAAACAUUCCUUUCCUUGUGAUCCUCAUUAGCACGACUCACAAGGAAUUUGAUGCCCGCCAGGCAAUCCGGGAGACCUGGGGAGAUGAGAACAACUUCAAAGGGAUAAAGAUAGCCACACUGUUCCUCCUGGGCAAAAAUGCUGAUCCUGUUCUGAACCAGAUGGUGGAACAAGAGAGCCAGAUCUUCCAUGACAUCAUAGUGGAGGACUUCAUUGACUCCUACCACAACCUCACCCUCAAAACCUUAAUGGGGAUGAGAUGGGUGGCCACUUUCUGUUCAAAAGCCAAGUAUGUCAUGAAAACAGACAGUGACAUUUUUGUGAACAUGGACAACCUUAUUUAUAAACUCCUGAAACCAUCUACCAAGCCAAGAAGAAGGUAUUUUACUGGUUAUGUCAUCAAUGGCGGGCCAAUCCGGGAUGUCCGCAGUAAGUGGUAUAUGCCUAGGGAUUUGUACCCUGACAGCAACUACCCACCAUUCUGUUCGGGAACUGGCUAUAUCUUUUCUGCUGAUGUGGCUGAACUCAUUUAUAAGACCUCACUCCAUACCAGGCUGCUUCACCUGGAAGAUGUGUAUGUGGGACUGUGUCUUCGAAAGCUAGGCAUACAUCCUUUCCAGAAUAGUGGCUUCAAUCACUGGAAAAUGGCCUACAGUUUGUGUAGGUACCGUCGUGUCAUCACUGUCCAUCAGAUCUCUCCAGAAGAAAUGCACAGAAUCUGGAAUGACAUGUCAAGCAAGAAGCAUCUCAGAUGUUAGGGUUUUUAUCACUGUAAAUAAGUUUCUUUUCUAAGAAAUGGGGACUAAGGUGUUGGCAUUUUACAGGUGUCACCAAGGGAAAAUGGACUGGUAAGGGGUUUUGUAAAGGUUUUGCUUCCUGAAACUAGUUCCUUUCUUGGAUCACUAAUUUAAAAAUAUUAGGCUCAGUCAUAGAAACAGUGAGUGAGUUAGAAGGGAUGGAUUUCAUUCUCAGGUCAUAAGACAUUGCCAUUUGUUUCCAAGAGUGACUCUAAAUAAUUGCUAGAAUUUAUGCACUGUGCUCUGAGAUCAAAAUCUGGGUCAGGAAUUGGGAACUCACUCUAAGGUCUUCAUAUCAUCACUGCAAAGCUACAUAGUAACUCUUAAUAAAAAAAAAUCAAAAGAUACAUAGUCAGGAAGACACACUGGAUGUUAUUUGUAAUGCUGUGUGUUAUUAUCACAUUGGAUUUUUACAUAUGUUGCUGUGGAAUGUGUACAGAAUUUGUGAUUCUACCAAUAAUUGAUUUUACCCCUGGUAGGGAGAAGGUGAUGAAAUAUAUGGGAAUUGAAACUUGAGAAUAAAUUAUUCUGUAUGUAUAGAAAACACCUAGGCUUUGCUUCCAAGAAUUAAAUCUGGUCAGCAGGUGGGAUGUACAUAAAAUGCUAUUUUAAGUAAACAAACCAUCUU